AUGAGCGUACUUGCACCACCUCCCAAAUCCCGCCUUGGUCGUUACCGGGUCCUCGCACCCUCGGCGGCAGUCAAGGUAAGUCCACUAUGCUUGGGAGCAAUGAACUUUGGAGACAAAUGGGAAGCGAGACUCGGCAAAUGUGAUAAAGAGACGUCUUUCAAAAUCUUGGAUACAUACUAUGAGAAUGGCGGCAAUUUCAUCGAUACUGCUAGCAACUACCAGAAUGGAGAAAACGAGAUGUGGAUCGGCGAGUGGAUGGAAAAGCGCGGAAUUCGUGACGAAAUCGUCCUGGCAACCAAAUAUACCUCGCCGUGGCGCAAGCACAAUGAAAAUGAGCUGCAGGCCAACUAUGUCGGAAACAACGCGAAGAGCUUGAAGGUCUCCGUGGAGGCCAGCCUGAAGAAGCUGAAGACCGAUUAUAUCGACUUGCUGUACGUCCACUGGUGGGACUUUAGCACGUCUAUCGAGGAAGUCAUGAACUCCCUCAACCAGCUGGUAACCUCCGGAAAGGUCCUUUACCUGGGUAUCAGUGACACCCCAGCCUGGAUCGUGAGUAAAGCAAACCAAUACGCUCGCGACCAUGCUCUCCGCCCCUUCUCAGUCUACCAAGGGCAAUGGAACGCCGCUCGCCGCGACUUCGAACGUGAAAUCAUACCCAUGUGUGCAGCAGAAGGCAUGGGCAUCUGCCCCUGGGGCGCAAUUGGUGGUGGAGCUUUCAAGACAGCAGCUCAUCGCGAGGAGCUCGAAAAGGACGGGAACCCAGGUCGACAGGUCGAGGUCCGAGAUAUCGAUGUCAAGGUUUCAGAGGUUUUGGAGAAGGUUGCAGCACGCCAUAACACUAUCAUUACGGGUGUAGCACUUUCCUAUCUCCUCCACAAAUUCCCUUAUGUCUCGCCGAUUGUUGGUGGGCGGAAGGUUGAGCAUUUGGAGGGAAAUAUUGACGCUUUGAGGCUGCAGCUUUCCAAGGAGGAAAUUGAUGAGAUUGAGGGUGCUUAUGAGUUUGAUUAUGGGUUCCCCAUGAAUUUCCUUGUUAAGAGUGAGAAGAAGGAGGCGCAUCCUAGUUAUUCUUAUUGGAUGAGUAUGGCGGCUAGGUUUGACUAUCCUGAUCUUGUUCGGCCUCCUGCUGUAAAGUCGGUGGAUGAGGCUUGA